UUGUGGAGUCGCAGAUAAUUGGAAAAAUGCCGCUGAAGAUCUUUGAUGCCACGGUUUCGAGCUUCGAUGGAGUCUUCGAGCAGUUUCGAUCAGAGGCGCCGAAGAACAAGGCCAAUCUAAUCGUCUUCCUGGCCGACAAAGACCCUGCUACCUCUCUCAGCUGGUGCCCUGACUGUGUGAGGGCAGAGCCUGUGAUCUACAAAAAGCUGGAAGCUGCAUCGGAUGAUAUUGCGCUAUUGAGGGCUUAUGUAGGAGACAGACCAACAUGGAGGAACCCUCAGCAUCCAUGGAGGGUGGACUCAAGGUUCAAGCUCACUGGGGUGCCGACGUUGGUCCGUUGGGAGAAUGACACAAUCAAAGGUCGUCUGGAGGACAAUGAAGCCCACAUUGAACACAAGAUCGAAGCUCUUCUUGCCUGAAAUGAUUGCUGAUGUAGCUCGCUUCAGUAUGUGAGAGCUACUGGUUGUGUUAGCUUUGCCUGCAGAUCAUAGAAUAAGAUGUUGAGUACUGGUGAGUGAACCCCCAACAUCCGAGUAGCUUCAUAUGAAUAUGAGGAUAGGAUAUGUUGGGAUGCAAUGUGAAAUUCACUAUUGGGUUUAUUAGAUGAUAAUUAUUAUCUUGAGUAAAUUAUAUGUCUUUCUCAUAUUUUAAAAA